GUGGAAGUCGAGUAAAGAAAUUCGUAGCUUCUUUGUGUCAACAAAAAUUUCUUAAAAAUCCAGAUGAGAAAUACAGAAUAAACUUACUUUGAGUUUUUAUUUUUCUCGUUGUGACUAAGGACGUCAAGGAUUAAAAUAUUCAAAGAUGUUAAACGCUCUUAAAAGCUUACUUACUGGCGACAUUCCACCGAACAAAGUCAUCGAGAAAAACCUAGAUUUAAUAGGAAACUACAAUGUUUUGCAACGUGAUGAUUCAAUGGUUCUUUAUGCACCACCGUUGGAAAUUGUUGGAACAAAUAACAAAACCAAACUAAAUUAUGAAAUCGUCUUGUUUAGACCAGCAUCAGAGAAUGUAAGCUCUUCGUACAGCUUAUUUCGCGCACAAACACAGGAUGAAGCUUUAGGAAGAUUUGAAGCAUACGCGCAACGCGUUCCCAAUUUUGUUCAAAUGGUUAAAGAGAUGUACAAUGUUCAAGGAUUACAAAAGAUUUGUGACAUUCUAACAGAAAAUUCCUCAUGGUCAAUCGCUCAUCUCGUCGCUCAUUUCAAUCUUGUUGAAUAUUUAUCAAACCCUCAAGUUGUUGAAAUGAUCAACUAUCCUGACCACAUUAAAUACAUGACUCCAUUCCAAUUGGCAAUCAAAUCAAAGAAUAUCGAGAUGGUUAAAAUACUCAUAAGUAGCGCAAAACUUGAUCAUCUCGACUACAACAGCAGUUCAAUUUUCCACUAUGCUGCUAACACUUCCAAAGAAAUGAUAAAUAUUUUAGCAAGUAAGAGUACGACAAAUCUGAAUCAUUGUAAUCUUGAUGGAUACACGCCUCUACAUGCUGCGUGUAUAAGCGACAAUCCUGAUUGCGUAAAUGCUUUGCUAUGUGCUGGGGCUGAUGUUAAUAUUACAGCAAGACAUGUCAGUAAUAGCUUACAAAGUCAACCUCCACCAUCGACAUCUACUCCCGGAUGUCAUUUCAAUAAAGAUUAUAAUGGUAUUCCACCGCCUCAACCAGAGACGCCAGAACAACGUGAAGCGAUUCAACAAGUUUUAGCUUCAACAUCACAAAUCAUGCGUGGACGUACAUCGUUGCCUAAUAUUAUUAAUCAGCAAUUGAAGGCUACACGCGAACAGCCACAAUUAAUUGACACAACUGCUGAACAAAAAGGUGCGAGUGUCAUGGAUGCUUUACUUGGAAUGUUUACAUCAAAGAUCCAAGCAGCUGCUAAAAAAGAAAUUUCACAUUCAGACAAAGGUACUUCAACACAAGAGGACGAAGAUGAUGUCAAUAUUAUAGAUGAAGAUGACAUAACAAUGAGUGAAGAAGAUUCUGACACGCCAGUUGGUUCCGGACGUCUCUUAUGUCUCGAUGGCGGUGGAAUCCGUGGACUUGUUCUCGUUCAAAUGCUUUUGGAAAUCGAACAACUCGCACAAUGCCCAAUCAGUCAUCUUUUUGAUUGGAUUGCUGGAACAUCAACAGGUGGAAUUUUAACUUUAGGUAUUGGCGCUGGAAAAACGAUGAAGCAGUGCAUGUGUUUGUAUUUUCGUAUCAAAGAAAUGGCUUUUAUCGGAUCUCGUCCUUAUCCCAGUGAUGCUUUGGAAAGUGUUCUGAAGGAAAAUCUUGGAGAAGACACGGUCAUGGCGGACAUUAAGCAUCCAAAGAUUAUGGUAGCUGCUGUUGUUGCUGACAGAAAGCCUGUUGAUCUUCAUCUGUUCAAGAACUAUAAAAGUGCUAGCGAUAUACUAGGAAUUGUAACUCCUAGCACAAAUACUCAAAAUGAACUGAUUUGGCGUGUCGCCAGAGCAACUGGUGCUGCACCAUCAUAUUUUCGAGCUUUCGGAAGGUUCCUUGAUGGUGGUUUAAUUGCAAAUAAUCCAACAUUAGAUGCAUUGACAGAGAUUCAUGAAUACAACAUGGCAUUGAUGUCUGUGAAUCGGAAGAGAGAAGCUGUGCCAGUAUCAGUUGUUGUGUCAUUGGGUACUGGUCUUCCGCCAGUUACAGCACUAAAAGAAAUCGAUGUCUUUAGACCUGACUCUAUAUGGGAUACGGCGAAGCUAGCUUAUGGCAUAAGCGCUAUAGGGAAUCUUCUCGUUGAUCAAGCAACUCUCGCUGAUGGCAGAGUUAUUGAUCGAGCUAGAGCAUGGUGUUCAAUGAUUGGUGUUCCUUAUUUCCGAUUUAAUCCCCAAUUAUCAGUUGAUCAUGCUAUGGACGAGAAAAUGGAUGAUCCGCUUAUCAAUAUGAUGUGGGAGACUAAAGCUUACAUGUAUCAAAAUCGAAAGAAAGUUAUUGAAAUGAUAAACCUUUUGAAGUAAAAAACAUUGAAACUCGUUCAUGGCUAAGCGUGUUUAAAGUUACUUGGGAAAUAGGUAUGACUUACCCGUAUCUAAUUCAGUUUGAUACACAAGAAAAAGGAAAAAAAAUCUACAAGUAACAAAGGAAAACUUUUGCAUAAAUCAUAAAAUGUACUCUUUGAUAAAUUUGUUUGUAAGAUGAAAGCGGCUAUCAGUCGUGUAAAUGAAAUUCAACUUGUUUUUUCGUUCAAUGCAACAUGUUUCGAUUCUUU